CUACAGAUUGUCUCGCCCACAGGCAGUCUCCCGACGGGCUCGCCCUUCCUGUUCACCAGCAAAAUUGAAGCCCCCGGGAUGCCUUUGUGUCGCGUCUUCUCUCGGGUGACACGAGAGACUACUGUUACAGAAAAGGAUGUGAUCUCCAGGAUACUACUGAGCAAGAAGGAUGAGUCCUGAUGUGCCUCUACUGAAUGAUUACAAAAAGGACUUCUUUCUGAAGCGCUUUCCACAGACUGUUCUUGGAGGCCCUCGACUCAGAUUAGGCUAUCGUGCCCCUCCUUAUGUAUAUAUCAAUCAGAUUCUCCUUUUUCUGAUGCCAUGGGUUUUGGGUGGGAUAGGAACAUUUUUGUACCAGUUAGACAUCCUAGAAGACUAUUACACAGCGGCACUCUCAGGUGGACUAAUGAUUUUCACUGCGUUUGUCAUCCAGCUGACAAGUUUAUAUGCCAGAAACAAGUCGGCGACAGUAAAAAGGAUGCUAAGCACAGAUAUCUUAGCUGAGGAGGAUGAACAUGAAUUUACAAGUUGUGCUGGUGCUGAGACUAUCAAAUUUCUAAUUCCUGGCAAGAAAUAUAUAGCCAACAUGGUUCUUCAUUCUGUUCUUGCUGGGUUGAUGUGUGGUCUUGGAACGUGGUAUCUGCUCCCGAAUAGAAUGACCUUGCUGUAUGGCAGCACAGGAGGUGCUAUGCUACUGUUUUUCUUUGGGUGGAUGACCUUAUGUACAGGAGAAUAUUCAUUAAUUGUAAACACAGCUAUAGAGACUGCGACUUUCCAAACCCAGGAUACUUAUGAAAUUGUUCCUCUUAUGAGACCACUUUAUAUUUUUUUCUUUCUUUCUAUAGAUCUUGCAUACAGGUUUAUGGUAAAUAUACCAACUCUAGAACAAAUGAAUCAGAUUUUACACAUCUUGUUUAUAUUUUUACCCUUUCUGUGGGCACUCGGGGUUCUGCCCCCACCUGAUGCACUUUUCUUAUGGGCAAUGGAGCAAAUUUUGGAGUUUGGCCUCGGAGGCUCACCUAUGUCAACCCACAUACGGUUAUUAAUAAUGUUCAUCAUUUCUGCUGGAACAGCUGUAACAUCAUAUUUCAUUCCCAGCAAUGUUGGAGUGGUUCUUUUCAUGACUGGACUUGGGUUCUUACUGAGUCUUAACCUAAGUGACAUGGGUUUUGUCUUCCAACACAGUGUAACCAGACACAGAGUUGAAACUCAAUCUAAGGCUUUACCCACUGGUUCAGAAAAACAUUUUACUUGGAAGGAAUGCCUCUUCUACGUCAUUAUAUUAGUCUUGGCUCUCUUAGAAAGUGUUUUGUUGCAUCACUUUGCUUGUUGUUCACAGAUUUCCAAAAACAGUCCCCAGGCUAUUGUUGGCUAUAUUUUGACGAUAUUACUUAUAAUUCUGUGGAUACUUAGAGAAAUUCAAAGUGUCUAUAUCUUUGGGAUUUUCCGAAACCCAUUCUACCCAAAGGAUGCACAUACUGUGCCGUUAUUCUUAAAGAAGCAAGCAAGGCUUAUGAAGAUUGGUGUUGUCAGACGGACUUUGCUAAAUCUAGUGUCACCUUUUGCUAUGAUAGCAUUCCUUUCCCUGGACAGUGCCCUACAAGGGCUCCACUCUGCAUCUGUCUCCAUUGGAUUCACGAGAGCUUUCAGAAUGGUGUGGCAGAAUACCGAAAACGCUCUCCUGGAGACGGUCAUCGUGUCAGCGGUGCCCUUGCUGACCACCAGUGUAGACACGUGGUGGAACAGAAGCCUGAACACAGGACUCAGACUCCUACUGGUUGGUAUCAUGCGUGAUCGUCUGAUUCAGUUUAUCUCUAAACUGCAGUUUGCUGUGGCUAUACUUUUGGCAUCAUGGACAGACAAAAAACGUAGAAAAUCAACCACCACUUUAUGUAUACUCAACAUGGUUUUCUCUCCGUUCGUGUUGGUCUUCAUAGUGUUUUCUACACUACUCUCUUCUCCUCUACUCCCCCUCUUCACCCUUCCUCUGUUCUUGGUGGGGUUUCCCCGACCUGUUCAGAGUUGGCCGGGAGUGGUGGGCACCGCAGCCUGCGUGUGUGCAGAUACAGUGUACUACUACCAGAUGAUCCCAAGUUUGACCGCUGCACUGAAGUCUGCAAUGGCAACAGGAAGUUUAGGUCUCCUCUUACCUGGUUCUCAUUACUUGGGCCGUUUUCAGGAUCGUUUAAUAUGGAUAGUGAUUCUAGAACAUGGCUAUACUUAUUGCUAUAUUAACAUUAAGGGGUUAGAAUUGCAAGAGACAUCAUGUCAUACUGCUGAAGCUGGAAGAGUUGAUGAAGUUUUUGAAGGUGCCUUUGCACAAGAAGAAUAUGCAAAAAUAUGUUCCAUUAAUGGACACUUUGGAAAUGUCUUGACACCCUGUACUGUUUUGCCUGUGAAACUCUAUUCUGAUGCCAGGAAUGUCCUCUCUGGCAUAAUAGAUUCUCAUGAUAACUUAAUUGAAUUUAAAGGUGACCUUAUUAAAGUACUUGUGUGGAUACUCAUUCAUUACUGCUCCAGAAGGUCCAGCACACAGGAACAUGUUCACAAAACUGACAAUAAAGAGAAAGCAUCUCUAAUAAUUCUGCCCACUUUGAAUACUUCACCACAAAACAAAUCCCCAGAAGACUCAGUUAGCUUAAAUUCAGAAACUUUAGAUGACUGGUCUGAUGAUGUUUUGGGUGAUGAGCCAACCACCAAAAAAGGAAAUGAAGAAAAAGAUCAAUUAAAAGUUUUGCAAAGUAAAAAUUUGCCUCUCCCAGGAUCAGUAGAAUCACAGGUGGUUGGCAAUCCUUCUAUAGGCAAAGUUCCUGAAAAUAGUCUUUACAAAGCAGUUAUACUGGGAUACCCUGCUAUUGACAAAGGAAAACAAGAAGGUGUGGCCUAUAUUCCACUCAUGGAGUUCAGUUGUUCUCAUUCUCACCUGUUAAGCUUACCUGAAGAGUGGAUGUCUGACUGUUUGCCUAAGUCCAAAAUGAGGGAGAUGAGCUUAUUGUUUCCAGAAGACUGGUACCAGUUUGUGUUAAGGCAGUUGGAAUGUUUUCCUUCAGAAGAAAAUGUCCCAGAUGUGCUGGAAGAAAUUGCAAAUGACAAAGUUUUAAAGGACUUUUAUGUUCAUGUAGUAAUGACUUGUUAUUUUAGUUUGUUUGGAGUAUGCAAUAUAGACCCUACUCCUGCUCAUAUAUUGAGAGUUUACAGUGGUGUUUUGCCUUGGUCUGUUGCCUUUGACUGGCUGACCGAAAAGCCAGAACUGUUCCAGCUAGCACUGAAAGCUUUCAGGUAUACUCUGAAACUGAUGGUUGAUAAAGGAAGUUUAGGUCCAAUAGAAGAUUUUAAAGAGCUAACUAACUACCUUGAAGAAUAUGAAAGUGACUGGUACAUUGGUUCGGUAUCUGAUGAAAAGUGGAAAGAAGCAGUUUUACAAGAAAAGCCAUACUUGUUUUCUCUGGGGUAUGAUCCAAAUAUGGGAGUUUACACUGGGAGAGUACUUACCCUUCAAGAAUUAUUGAUCCAAGUUGGGAAGUUAAAUGCUGAAGCUGUCAGAGGUCAGUGGGCCAAUCUUUCAUGGGAGUUGCUUUACGCCACAAAUGAUGACGAGGAACGCUAUAGUAUACAAGCUCAUCCACUACUUUUAAGAAACCUUACAGUACAAGCAGCUGAUCCUCCCCUGGGAUAUCCAGUUUAUUCUUCAAAACCUCUCCAUAUCCACUUGUAUUAGAGCUCAUUUUGACCUGUGCAUGUGUUGUCAUCAAAUGAGAUGUCUUAUCUUUUCUUUCUCGAAGAGUAAGGAUGAUCUCUCAAACUUCACUGACCUCUGUCUCCUCCCACAAGUCAGAUGCCUGGGGAAAAGCUAAGCUCUAUAAAGCUGACUCUCUCCGAUAUCUUAAUGGCCAAGAAGAAAAAACUAUAUGCCUUACAUGCAAGUUAAAACUAUUGGCCAAUUUUUCUGUCCUGUGGAUUAUGGUAGGCUUUGUUAAAUAUAAAACAUUAUUAUAAAAUUAGAUAAUGAAUUGUAUAAUGCUUUCUUAAAUGUGUGAUAGAUGACUUGCCUUAUAAAGUCAACAACUACGUAAUUUUUACAUACUUAAAAGACACAUUACUGUUUUUAAGUAAUGAUAACAGAUGCUAUCCAAGGUUAUAUAAAGUAUAUUUAUUUAUUUGAAAUACAAUUAAACUUUAUAGUAUUUUCAAACUUUGUGCCAUUUUUAUUUUAACAUUUAGCAUGGUCUGAAUGUUUUUAUAUAAUUGUCUUCUUUUCAUAUACUUCAAUUCAGAAACCUUUAAAAUUUUUAAUAAAAUCUUUUCCAAUAAAACCUUUUUAUUCCAAGUAUCUUUUUCAUAUAUGUGAAAGGAAAGGGAUUUAUCCCAUUCAUCAUUCCUGUGAGUAUCCCAUAAUACUCACAGGAUUAGCAAAGUUAGGGUAAUUUGCAUGUGAUUGCUGGGGGCCAUUCUGUAGACCUGACUCCUUAUGCAUUUCUUUUCAACUGAAUAUACUCCUGAAAAAUGACUUACAGGACUGGCAGUUACUAAUGUCUUAAGGUAUUGAGCUAAAGACAGAAAGAGAUCUUGGGAGAAAAUUUUUC